AUGGAGACCGUAACGGACGACCAGAAAUCCAAGUACAUCAAAACCGAAAAUGGACGCGUGCCACGCACACUCAAUCUCAAGAAAGAAAAGCCAAAAAAUGCCCACUUGCCCACUGGUGCUCAGAACACGACCUUUCGUUCUAUGUUUAUUCCAACGGUCAUGUACUGGGUCGGAAAUGGCAGCUAUCCGUGGACUAUCCCCGACAACGAACUUUCAGACGUUCUCGAGGAUAUCUACCACGCGGUGUAUAACGAACCUGGAGACUUUGAGGUCGAUGGCUGCAAUGGCGCCUUCAAUGUUGUGAGUGAAUCCCUAUUCCAGCUCUCUGAGUGGAGAGGAUAUUUCGGCUCCACUGCUGUCACCAUUCUCAUGACAUUUUUCGUCUCGAUGGAUGAAUACGAGACCAAGGAGGCGCGGAAAGCAUACGCCGAAUAUCAACUCGAAGAUUCACGCUUCGUGUAUGAAGAUCCAGAUAACGAAGACUCGCCUGGAGCUUUCUUAUCGGAAUUCAUUUUGCGCACCUUUGCCGUUCACCUCAGUGCCAUCCAAGGAUACCAGAAGUGCGACUCGCUUGACUUUGGGUUACCUGGGUAUGCAACAGCCCUUGCACUGACCACAGCAGCCGUGAGUUUUCCAUCGCCUUUACAAAACUUACUAACAUAUCAUUUGCAGGUCGAGCGUGCACUUAUUUUGGCUCGCGAUGACCUCAUCGAGAAAGAUACUUCGGACAAUGGGAGACACAAGGUCAUGUUAACGCUCAAUCCCGCCACGAACAAAAUGAGUCACACAGGCACCGCUUUCUCUUCGGGCAAUUGGGAGACUGAUACGAUUGCGUACAUGGAGCGAAUUGAGGAGCUGCCCUUCGACCGCGUGAGAGAAAUUGUUGAACGAUCUCAACCGUACAUGAAGCGUGCUCGCCGCCGGGGUCAAGACGAAGACACUACUCUCGGCGGUGAAAGUCGGAUCCCUGUGAAUCCACGUUCACGCAUUCGUAUCUGUAGUAUUUGUUUCUUUAUCUUGCAUUUUCUUGCUCUGACACCAUAA